GUCAGUUGGCGUACGAUAACAAUAAACAACCCUGGAACAAGAGAUACGCACCAACAGGACCUGUCGCUUCAAUUCGACACAAAACGUAUUAAAAACAUGAGCCGAAACAGCGACAGACAUUUGGAGUAACUUCUCGUCAAGUAUCAGGAGAGUCUUGAGGGUCCUGACACAAAGGAUUUUCGAGUUUUUUUGUCAAGCCUAGGGGAGAACCAGGGUUACGGUUUACCCCUUCCUUCUGUAGCUAGCUGUGGCUCAUUCCUUGUUUUUGCACACUUUGUGUUAGUUUGUUAUGCAGUUGCCAGAGGACUGUACUCGCACUCGUUCUCCUCCACCACCUCUUCGCUCCCUCUCCCCGCUCUCUCUGGCCCUAUGUCUCGCUGGCUCUUCCCCUGGUCAGGCUCAAUCAAGAAGCGGGCCUGUCGGUACCUUUUACAGCACUACCUCGGUCACUUUCUGCAGGAGCGACUGAGCCUGGACCAGCUGGGCUUGGACUUGUACAACGGCAGCGGAGUGAUCAAAGAGAUCAACCUCGAUGUCUGGGCGGUCAACGAGCUUCUUGAGUCUCUCGGGGCUCCUCUGGAGAUAGUGGAUGGCUUUGUGAGCAGCAUAACAGUGACCAUCCCCUGGCAAGCUCUCUUGACUGAUCACUGCACCUUAGAAAUAUCCGGUCUUCAGAUAACAUGUCGACCGAAAUAUCGCAACAGUGGGGUCUGGGACUCCCAGGGCUGGUCAUCAAGCAUGACCUCCAGUAUGCAGCUGGCUCAGGAGUGCCUGAAGGACCCCCCAGAGGCGUCGGAGGAGCCACCUGCCCAGCUUGAGGGACUCGAGAUGUUUGCACAAACCAUCGAGACGGUCCUUCGUCGUAUUAAAGUCACUUUCAUAGACACUAUCGUUCGCAUUGAGCACCAACCCCUGGACCUGGAAACAGGCGUAGCCUUAGAGGUGCACAUCAAACGGCUGGAGUACUUUGAUGAGGCAGUGCGUGAUCCAGCCAGCCAGACCACCUUGCCUGUCGACAUCCACCAGCCGCCUGCCUUCCUGCACAAGAUCCUGCAGCUGAGCGCUGUAAAGUUGUUCUACGACAAUAUCGGCACAGUACAGGGUCGUCAUGAGGACGAACAUCCCGAAUCAGCUACAGUAAGUGAAGGAGAAGAAGAAGAGGAGGAGGAGGAGGAAGAAGAAGAGGAAGAUGAAGAAGAUGAGGAAGAUGAGGAAGAUGAGGAAGAGGUGAAGCCCAAGGCUUCUCCUGCCUGUCCUCCAUCUCAGCCACUGCUUAUUGGAAGCUGCUCUGGUUUUAUCGAGACCACCGUCAAGAUCAAACAGAACGACAUGCUGCCAGGACCAAAGUUGGAGUUAGACGGGAAGGUGGGCUGUGUCCACAUGCUGCUGUCUCCAGAUCAAAUAACUCAUCUGACAGACCUGCUGGCAGCACUCUGCAUCGACACAGAGACUGAGACCAAGUGUGGUGGCAUUCACAGUCGCCCGUUAGACACAAACGACCUGCGGUUGAUUGAGGAGGACCUCAGUAAGCAGCUUGGUUCCAGCCCCAGAGACGACGAGUGGGAGGAUGAUCUCGACAUGGAGCCCUACGUCACCACGCUGGAGAAUGGAGAAAUGUUUUACUCAAUGGGUCCAGUUGGGAUGAACAGUAGCGUGACGUCUGUACGCUCUGGCAGCGAGCUAUCAGAUAGUGAUAUGGAGUCAUCUACACAGAGUAUAUCCAGCUUCACACAGCCUGCAGUGCUGUCUGCACAGGGCAUGGUGAACUGUCCCAGGAGGUAUCCUGUAGCAGGCUGUCUGUCGAGUUUACCCCAGUCAGGCAUGAGGACCAGAGGACGCUCACACAGCAGCCAGGCGGAGCAGCUAAAGAUCGAUGCUUUGUUACGACUGACACUCGGCGGCCUCACACUGACCCUGCUGCAGGAAGACCCACCCUCUACACCAGAUGGAGCCUUGUCAUUAGCUCAGGUGUCUCAGGUGUUCUUCAGGGAGCUGGCGUUCUUCAAAGAUAGCAUGUUCAGCGAGAGAGACUUCCACCAUCUGAGAGGAGGCUUUGCCAAGGCCUGCCCACACUCCCAUCUCAGAGUGACAGGAGCAGCGGUGCAGGUUGCUUGUGAGAUGAGGAGCGGGAGACGCCACAGUCGAGCUGUGACCUCAGACCUUUCCUUCAGCAGACUGGAGCUGUUAGAGUGCCUGUGGGAGAACGGGAUGCCUCAGUACAGCGAGCUGCUUCAGUUCCAGAAAGCUGGUUUGUUUACAAUUGGAGCAGCAGCCAGACCAUGUGCACAACUACACUACAGCCUCACGGAAAAACACCUGCGCAAGGGUAAACAGCGUGUGGUGCGGCGGGAAAGUGUAGUGCGGGUGGAGCUGGCGGAGCUGAGUGCCGAGCUGGACCUGGAUAUCAUCAGUCGUCUGGGAAGCCUGAGCAAAGCCUUCAACCACUGUCCCACACAGACCACGGAUCCAAGACUCAUGCAGACGCAGAGCACUGAGUUCUGCUCGUCCUUCACCCUCCUCUCCCCCCACGCCGUCCUCAGACUUCGCUUCCCCAUACCCGACCUGCGGCCCCUCCCUAAGCGUCGACCUCCAACCCAGAGGACAGUGCGACAGGAGACCUUGGUGCUGGAGCUGACAGAGCUGGAGCUAAAGCACCAGGAGGCCCCAGACCUCCAGACUGAGCAGAAUGCCCCAGGACAGCCGUGGGCUCCCUGCCUCACCCAGCUGCUAGAGGCCUCCUUCACUGACCUGCAUGGCUCAUAUGAGGGCUGGGAGGGCGGCUCUUUCCCCUGUAUCAGAGUGAAGAAGAACCGUGACUCUGUGCCGAGGUUAUCAGUGCGUGUGCGUGGAGGUGAAGCACAGGGCCCUGCAGGAGGCCUGGAUGGGAUCAACCUGGGUCUAAUCAGGGACCUGGGGGCAGCCUUCUUUGAUAGUCACUGUGAACUCAACGUCAAAACCAGCUCUCCGUUCUCCUCCAACCGCACCAUGUUUGAGACUGAGGAGAUGGUGAUUCCAGCCGACCCAGAAGAGAUGCGUCAGUUUCAGGCGCAGUGUGUUGCUCAGUGUCAGUGUGCUGUGGACAUCAGCCUGCCGCUGGCCUACAUCCUGCUGCCCAGCAAACAGGCCUUCCAGAGCAUCUACAACAGAAUUAAUAAUGAUCUGUUGAUGUGGGAGCCUCCUCCACCCUCGGCCAACAGCCCAGACCACAGCCGCCAUCAGCGUGAUGAGUUUAAACUCUGCAAGUCUGCAGUUAGACUCGACUCCGAUUCAGAAGAGGACGAGCCUCAGUUCUAUUUGGCCAGUGAAUCCGAUGGAAAGACACAACAGCCAGCUCCCCGUCCAAACCACAACCUCAGCCUGCUUUCCCUCACUGUGAUAAUUGGCAAAGGUCGCCUCCAGGCUAGAACUGACAGAAAGGAGGACCAGAGUCAUGGGGAGAUUGUACUCGACCUGGAAGGGGGGAAGAUAUUUAGCGUUGCGCAGCACCAGAACGACCCCAAUCUCAGCUUCCUGUGUGUGGAGAGCAAACGAGUGGAGCUCUACCAUCAAGCCGUGAUCAAAGACACCCCCAUCCCACAGCGAUUGGAGAUGCCAAACUUUACUCCUCCAAAGCACUUGGACCCUACCAUCUACCCCACAGAGGUGGGAGUGAGCAGUGUGAGUGGCAGGGAGGGGGAGCCACAGAUGUUGUCAACAGCUAUCAAAAUCACGCUGGACUCCCACAGGAGUGUCAAGGAGUUCCUUGUUGCCCUCCGACUUCAAGGUGCCACGAUGCGACAUUACAUGACACCGACUAAUCACAGCUGGCAUGAGCAGCUGGUUGACUUCCUGGAUGUCAUAGAUGAUCCUAUCCUGGGAUACACAUCACCUGCCGUCAUCACUGUCCUCCACACACACCUUGCUACCUGUGCUGUCGACUACAGACCUCUGUAUCUGCCCCUGCGAAUGUUGUUCACAGCAGAGUCCUUCUCCCUGUCCAGUAACAUCAUCGUAGACACUGCCACCUUCCACCUCAGAUUCAUUCUGGAUGACUCUGCUCUCUACCUCUCUGACAAAUGUGAGACUGACACCGUGGACCUGAGGAGAGACUACGUGUGUGUUUUGGACAUUGACCUGCUGGAGCUCGCCAUCACCACGUGGAAAGGGAGCAAUACAGGAAAACUUUCUCAGCCUCUCUUUGAGCUCCGCUGCUCCAACAAUGUGGUCCACCUUCAUACCUGUGCUGACUCGUGCGCUGCCCUGGUCAAUAUGCUGCAGUAUCUGGUUUCCCAGGGUGACCUGCACCCUCCACCACGACACACCUCACCCACCGAAAUCGCUGGCCAGAAACUACCGCUGACUGAGAGUCCUGCGUUCGUGCAACCCUGCCCUCCAGCUGAAACUGCUGAGAUCAACCAGUACGACCUCGCUGAUGCCUUAAUAGACACAGAGAAGAGUCACCGAGAGGAGAGUGGAGAUCCAGAUUCACCUUCCAUGCCGAGAGGCUCACCUGUCUCCGUCUACUUGUUCCCGGGCGAGGCUUCAAAGCGGGGAGGUCCAUCCGCCCCGUUGGGGGAUGACUCUGAGCUUGAUAGACUGGUUGCCACAGCAAAAGAAGCACAAGUAGACAUGAUGUCAGAGGAAGGCUCCGAAGGUUCCACUGACAAUGACGACUUUUGCAUCUUGGAGGCUCCAGGCAUGGGCAUUCCUCCCAGAGACGGGGAGCCUGUUGUGACGGUGCUGUCAACAGGGCCCAUCAAGGUGAAGGACAGUCACUUUUCAAGGCCUCGAGGCAGCUCUGACCUGCUCCGAGCCCCAAGCCGCUUCCCUGUACCCCAGAGCAGGGUGGUGCUGCGGGAGAUCUCAGUGGUCUGGCAUCUUUACGGGGGCAAGGACUUUGGUGGCAAGCCCUUGUCCAUGCAUGCCCAGAAUGCAAAUAGAGGUCGUUCAGUCUCUGGUGGUGUCCGAGGAUCCCCGUCCCGCUGCGCCGGGUCCUCUCGUCCCCAGAACUUGUGGCGCUGGGCAGGAGGCAGCGGGCGUCAACACACACUGCUGAUGGAGAUCCAGCUCACCAAGGUGUCCUUCCAGCAUGAGUCCUAUCCCGUGGUCGUAAUAGGGCAGGAUAGCGAGGGGUCAGUGGCAGCUGCAGUUGGGGUUUGUCCUGGUGGUGAGCAGCCCCUCUCUAGGCAGGUUUUCAUCGUCCAGGAGCUGGAGGUUCGAGACCGACUGGCUUCCUCUCAACUCAACAAAUUCCUCUACCUCUACACCAGCGAGAGCAUGCCGCGCAGAGCCCACUCCAACAUGUUGACAGUAAAGGCCCUGCAGGUGUGUCCAGAGUCUGGUCUGGGUGGUCCAGAGUGCUGCCUCCGGGUCAGCCUGCUGCCACUACGACUGAACAUUGACCAGGAUGCACUGUUUUUCCUGAAGGACUUUUUCAGUAAUUUAGCUUCCUUUGUUAACCCUUACCUGCCUGUGGACCCUGCAGCUGAAGUGAAGGCAGAUCCCUCCCAGAAGGCAUCUGAGGAGGGGGAGUCAGCUGCUGGUCUGGGACCUGACCUCACAGCUUCUGUUGAAACUACCUACAGCGAGCAGAGCUCCUCCUCCGCUGACUCCAACUCCUCCUCCGAGCAGCCCAUCUACUUCCGGGAGUUUCGUUUCACCUCAGAAGUGCCUAUCUGGCUGGACUAUCAUGGCAAACACGUCGUUAUUGAACAGGGAACGUUUGCAGGGAUUCUGAUCGGUCUGGCUCAGUUAAACUGCUCGGAGUUGAAGCUGAAGAGGCUCUGCUGCAGACACGGUCUGCUCGGUGUGGACAAAGUGAUCCAGUUCGCUGUCACAGAGUGGCUCACAGACAUCAGGAAGAAUCAGCUGCCUGGCAUUCUGGGAGGUGUUGGUCCCAUGCACUCGGUUGUCCAGCUGUUCCACGGGGUGAGGGAUCUAUUCUGGUUGCCCAUAGAGCAGUACAGAAAGGAUGGACGCAUAAUUCGAGGUCUCCAGAGGGGGGCAGCAUCCUUUGGCACCUCCACAGCAUCUGCUGCUCUGGAGCUAAGCAAUAGGCUGGUGCAGGCCAUACAGGCCACAGCAGAGACAGUGUAUGACAUACUGUCUCCGACUCCCCCUCUGAACCGCUACGCCAUCACUGAGGGCCGAGCCCCCUCUAGUCGGCCUCGCAGAGCUGCUCAGCCUGCAGACCUCCGAGAAGGUGUGGCAAAAGCCUACGACACCGUCAGAGAGGGAGUGAUUGACACAGCUCAGACCCUGUGUGAUGUAGCAUCCCGUGGCCACGAACAGAAAGGUCUGCCUGGUGCUGUGGGCGGCGUGCUGCGGCAGAUCCCGCCCACUGUGGUCCGACCUUUAAUCGUGGCCUCUGAAGCCACUUCCAAUCUGCUUGGUGGCAUGCGGAACCAGAUCAAACCAGACGCCCGCAAGGAGGACUUCUUGAAGUGGCGCACAGAGGACGGCCAAGAAUGAUGACAGCCUUUUUUUGUCAGUGGGAGAGUGAGAGAGUGUGUGUGUGUGCGUGUGUGUGUGUGCGUGUGUGUGUGAAUGUAUGUGAGAGAUAAUGAUUUGGGAAAGCUAAGGAAGCAAAUCCAUGGCUUGGAUGUGUAUUUGCAUUUGUGUGUGGACUAACGAGAGUCAGUGUGUGCUCCAAUGCAAAAACAAAACAAAGACUAACGACUACUGCAGUUACUGACACCCAGUGUUAUAUGUGUCUCCAUUAAACAUAGACUUUAAUCACCGUUCUGCAUUCAACUCAAGCUCUCCUCAAAGUUCUCCUUCUCAGUGAGACAAUAGUCUGCAGGUUCUCAUUGGAACAAACAUAUCACCACCACUCUCUACUGAACUCAUUUUCAACUCAACUAAGGGCAGGUAGGACCAUCACUCCCAAGGUUUCAAUGUUGGCAAGAAGAAAAAACGUAGACAUGGCAACAUCUCGAACCAUGAGUUGCGCUGCUUGAACCAUUUUUUUUUACUCUGAUUAAGGUAGUGAUUUCUGGAACAUUGUCUCCUUUGUGUAUGGUGCAGGGAGAGGAAGUUAAUACGGAGUUAAUACUCAACCGAUAUUUUCAAUCAAAUCAAUCAAAACAACUGUAUUGUGAGGCCAAAAAGUCGUAGACUAUUUUAUGAACAGUAGUAAAAGGGGAAUUCUUGUCAAUACAUUCUCACUGAUCACUUAACUACAAACAGCAUCACCUGACAGGAUCCUGUAGAUUAAUCAAAACAUCAGUUUUUUGCUGUAACAAACUAAGUUGUGACCUGAGCCUUGGUGUCUUUUGAUGCUCAUAGUGCAGACAUGGAGAACAUUUAAGUGAAGUUUCUUUUGCAAACACCCUCCAGAUGUUGACUGAUGUUUUCACCUGAACUCCACAACUUAGUGUCAUCGGUUCAGCUGGAACUGUCUUUUUUGUGCCAUAAACCUUGCAGAGUGCCCUUUUAUUUUUGGUUUGUGUUGCCUUCCUCAGUCCUGUACCCCUCCUACUACUAUUAUAUAGUAUGCUGGCUCAUAUUGAUCCACACCAGACUGAAUAGAGACCGGAUCACAUGAAGCCUCUUAACUCUGUAGCACGUUGGAUUCUGUCAAAGCUUCACAUAGUCGGGUUGGUCAUCGUAAACUGUCUAGAUUUCAGCCAGUGGCUCUUCUACCUGCAGCUCGUUUGUGCUUCUCUUUCCAUGAACAGUAACAGAUCGGAGUUUGAAAUAACCUUCUCUGUUUCAGAAAUGCUGUGUCCACAUUUUUAGUUGCCUUCCUGUUAUUUUUUUAACUCUUUUCUCUUUAGUUUUUUAUUUUGUUGAAGUAUAGGUAUUGUCAUACUCGUUUUCAAAAUAAGAGUUGAGUGGAUGUGAAUCUGGUGACAUUCGAGGAUGAAAAAUUGUGGGGGGGGGGGGUUAAAAAAAGUUUUACAUUUUUAUCUUUUUUGUUUAAUAAGUGUAAGGGAUAUGUGAUUCUCUAUAUGUGAGUGAGAGUGUGUUUGUGUGUGGGCACAUGAUGCAUAUCUGUGAAGUUGACAGGUUAAUGCUUGUUACUUGUGUGUAAUUACUAUUUACUAUAUCAUAAACUGUAUGAAUGACCUGUAUAAUACAAAGGCAAGAAGUAUACAAAAUCAAUAAAAAAAAUCUGUAUAAAAAAAUCAAA